AAUAGGAUACAUUGAUAAUACUCCGUACUCCGUGCGGUCCCAUCCUGCGCCGCCCCUUCUGGCCUGGAUCUUCCUGCAGAGAUGGUGAGCACUAAAUCCUCCGGCUGCAGUCUUCCCAGCCAGGCUUCGAUCUGCCGACUGUGCCUGCAAGUACGGAGUAUACCAUGGAUGAGUGUCUCACCAUGUCUCACGGUUUUCUCUUCGCGUUCCCUGCGAACGCCGACGUCAAUGUUUCUCCCACCCCUGGAGACACCGGUUCCCAUCUCUCGCAGCCAGCAUGGCGGUUGACUCCUACUCCAAGGAGCAGAUGAUUGCUCUGGGCAUCACCUUUCUGAUUCUCCCGUGCAUCUUCGUCGCCCUUCGAUUCUGGGCCAAGUGGCUGUCCCGCAAGGCCCUGCAGUGGGAUGACCUGUUUAUUCUCCUGGCGCUGGCUUUCUCGAUUGGGUGUUCGAUCACGCAGUUAAUAGGAGCAAUCGAUGGACAGCUGGGACAGCACCAAACCCUCGGUCCCGACGGCCAACCGAUCCUCGAUGACCCGCGAUUCCUCACAUACGAGAAGUGCAAAUUCGCCAGCCAGAUGCUCGCCGUCAUCAGACUGGGCUUCACCAAAGCGUCGCUCCUCGUCUUGUUCCGCGGCAUCUUCGCCGUCUCCGGAUGGUUCCGGCCCACCUCGAUGGUCAUGCUGGUCGUCGUCUUCGGCUGGACCAUCGCCUUCUUCUUCGCCAACCUCUUCACCUGCUACCCCAUCACGCCGCUCGUCGAGGCCUUCUACGGAAACAAGUGCAUCGACAGCGUCGCCAUGUGGUACUCGUCCUGCGUCACCGACGUCUUCGUCGAUCUCAUCAUCCUGGUCCUCCCCCUGCCCAUGGUCUUGAAGUUGCAGUUGCCGUGGAAGCAGAAGUUGGCUGUCGUGGGCAUGUUUGUGAUGGGCACGACCGUCGUCGCAAUCAGCAUCACCCGUCUAGCCAUGUACAUCCACAUCGGCCAGACCUUCCUCCACCACUACAAAGACGCGACAUACUACACAUCGCCCGUCUUCUUCUGGACCAACAUCGAAAUGUCACUCGGUGUCAUCCUCGCCUCGCUCCCCACUCUACGCCCCAUCUGGCUGCUCAUCAAAGGCACCCCCGUCAGCUACGGGUCCAAGUCGCAUCCAACGUACGAUUAUUCCGGCCAAACGGGCCGGUCGGGAAGACAGCAGCCGGACUCGGAUCAUUUUAAUGAGUUGGAUACGGUUAAUCUGGUGAAGUAUCCGGGGACGUCGAGUGGGGGGGAUGAUGCAAGGUCUUCGUAGGGUUUGUCUACGGAGAUUGUUGGCGUUGUGGCUAGGUUCCUUUCGUUCGUUUGUCUUUUCCUUUUCUAGUUGUUACUG